GUAACUGUUCAUCUCGACCCUGUUCCUUCAUCACAAACAUCUUGCAAAUCAAUCAUACGCCUCAAAGUGUCCAAAAAAGACACUACCAUGAGUUUUUUCGACUACAUCGUGGUGGGGGCUGGAAUUAAUGGAACAUGGGCAGCCGCUCAUCUAGCCAAACGAGAACACUCUGUGGUCCUUCUGGAGAAAUUCCCGUUACCUCACUCCCGAGGGAGUUCCCAUGGAGCGUCGAGAAUUAUCCGCAAGGUUUAUCCGCAGCCUUUUUUCAACGACAUGAUGGGUCCAGCAUAUCAGCAAUGGCAUGAGUUGGAGCAAGAAUGUGGAGAGAAGUUCAUCACGAGCAAUGGUCUACUGGUUUUUGGAACUGAAACUGGUGAUACUCUCAAGGGAAUGAUAGGUACCUUUGAGCGGUCCAACAAUCGGGACAAGUGUCAAGUGAUGGGCAAUGACUCGCUUCAAAGGUCGUACCCUAUGGCGAAUUUCGAACCCUCUGCCUUUGGCAUCCUGGAUGAGGAAGCGGGUUCCAUAAAAGCAGAUAAAUCGCUGAAGGCAUCAAUCGACCACGCCAAGCGACACGGGGUUCAAGUUGUGGAUAAUUAUUCGGUGGACGGAAUUAUUAGUCACUCUGGAUUAGUCCGUGUUCAAGGUGGAUCAAUGAAUAAUCGAAAAGAAUUUGUUGGACGAGGUUUAGUGAUUUGUCCCGGACCUUGGGCGAUGGAUCUUUUGAAAAUACUGAAAUUCCCAUUGCCCCUCGAAGCUCAACGAGUCCCUGUCUACUACUUUAAGUACAAGGAUUUCUUGCCUUGUGUGUUCAUUUACGAUUCCAAUGGAGAUUACUUUUAUGGCAUCCCAGAGAAUGAGUAUCCAGGAUUGCUCAAGUUGGGUAGUCAUGAAGGCAUCCCGACCUUGGCCGACUCCAGAGAUCAAGUGGAUUGCUCAGCGAUCAAGAAGAAAGUCAUUGAGUUCAUUAAACGCACUUUUCCUGGUGUCGAUCCAAAACCUGCUGUCGAAGAAGUUUGCAUGUACACGGUCACUCCCGAUUGGGUGCCCAUUAUCACACGGCAUCCCUGCCACUCUAACAUUGUGAUCGGUUGUGGAUUUUCUGGCACUGGAUUCAAACUUGGCCCAGUAACGGGGGAAAUACUGGCCGAUAUGGUCACCGGACAAACCCCAAAAUUCGACAUCGAACCAUUCAGACACGAUCGUUUUGGCUCUGUCUAUCAAACAGAUAAAUUUGUGCACAUGUCCAAGCUUUGAGCUGGAUUCAAGCGGCAAAAUCUAGCGUGAUUCUAUCUACUAUAAGCUAUGACGGAGAGUCGGAAAAAAUGUGAUAUUUAUCAAAUAAAUUUGCUCCGUCCUUUACCAGUAAA